AAAAUAUAAGCGGAGGCGUUAAGAAGACGUUACGUCUUAGCAAGUAUUUUCAUAUAAUUUUAGUUUCUUUCUCAUCUCUUCCGGAGAACGUGAAUUCCACUAGAGCCACGAAUAAACCAAGAGUUUCAGAUUGCUGAAGCUGGAAAAAAUAUUAUAUUAAAAUGAUUGCGGGCCAAGUGCCGAAGCUUGUUAACAAGCAAUUUAAUUCACCAAUUAAUUUAUAUUCACCUCAAAAUGUACAAGAGACAUUGGACAAACAAACUAAAUUAUUAGCUAAUGGUGCAGUUGGUAUCGACUUUAAUCAGUUGUCGAAACCUAGUAAUCUGCAAAAUAGUGCUGUAUUGAAGAUGCUUGAGGAAGAGGAAACUCGAAAACGAAAUGGAAAAGCUGGUUUAAAAAGAAUCGCUUGGCCACCACCCCCAGAGGAUAACGAAGAUUAUAUUGAAUCAAGUCCAGUACAAUCAAAGACACGUGGUGUCGGUGAGUAUGCAUCUUAUCAGAGCAGUUGUCCCUCAUCAGUUGCAUCACCACAACCUCCUCCAUUAUUAUCAUCAAACAAUUUGAUUAAUGCAUCACCCUUGUCACCAUCAUUAUCCACAACAAGUCCUUGUGGAACCUUGCGACAGCCCUCGUCAUUUCAACAACAAACAACACCAAAAACUUGGGCACCAGUAACACCACCAGCAACAUCCCCAUUGCCACCACUUAAUUGGGGACAUCAUCAGCCUUCCCAUCAGAAAUUGGAAAAUAAUCAAAUUCCUAAUCCAAAUUAUCAACCACCUCGAGUAGUAUUUGAGCCACCACCAUCAUACAUUACCCUGAGAAGUGAAGCACCAAUUUCUCAGUCACCACCACCAAUUUAUCAAGCUCAACCAGCAGCUACAUUGGCUCCAACAAGUGGCAACAUGAGAGGUGAUACAAAGUGGCCUCCAGAGUCUGUUAAGCAACAAACUGAAGCUGAAAAUCGUGCAAGAGUUGAUUUGGCAAAAGGUCCAGCUUUUCGACCUCGUCGUGUUGCCAAGGAUUACACCAGUUUUUUUGCUCAACAUGCACUCAACAGCAAUUAUCCUGGAUACAGAGCACCACCUGGAACUCAAAGCGGCGAUCAUAUCGAGUGGGGAAAUAAUCAACAGGAUAAUUAUGGAAAUAAUUAAAUAUUAUUUUAAAAAACAAACAACUUGGAAAUCAACGAACGAUGAGAAGCAAUAUCAAUACGAC